AUGUCGACUUGUCUUUCACCCAAACUAUUUGAUUACUCAACCGCCCGCAUGGACAUUUUUCACCUCUCUACCUUAUUAGGCUCCAAAUUCAUGGAUGCCUAUGUUGGUCUGAUAGCAAGCCAGAAGCUCCAAACUGAAUUAUACAUACUGUCAUACUUACUCAAAGAUCGAGUGUAUCCUAGUGAUCUUUGGGAACUAGUAGGGGAGCGUAGUAUAGAGGCAAUGCAGGAAGAAACCUUGCAUAGACACCAUGGCAUCUGUAAUGCCGGUAGGGACAGAGGAAGGCAUGCGGCUGUAGAGCAAUUUCUCAUGGAAGAGAGGAAGAAACAGUGUCAGAUGGAGCGGAUCGGCUCCUCACCACCCCUGUUGAGCACAUGGAUCACUGCUGAUGUCCAAGAAGCCUUUUACGAGGCAUUCCAAACGGAAUUGGACAUGCAGUCGGAGCUCAUGUCAAAGUCUUUUGUUGCUUGCCGCAGCAACGCUAACCUACGCAAUCACGGGCUAGAUCUACUCAUCUUGCAGGCCAAGAUGCACCGUGCCCAAGCUGAGAUAACGCUGUAUACCCUAGCUCUUGAGAACACCCACGCAUUCUAUUUCUCUGACCACAGUUCACAAACAUCCUGGGAUCAAUCUAUCCUACGGCCUAUACUAUCCGAUGAGCUACGCUACUGCGAUGUGGACGCUGACGAUGACUCGGACCAAUUACAUCAUGACGACUUUGAAGUUUGGUAA